AGGUGCGCGUGUAUCACUGAACACCUGUGAACCCAUCCAGACAGUUGGGACUCUCGUUACAAGCAGGGCGUAUAUCGAAACGUUGUUUUUUUUGCUGUUAAAACACACAAAAAUGGCUCAAGCAAGACUGCUGGUUUCUGUCGUCGUUCUUUUCGGCACAUUGAUGACCCAGACUCUCGCCGAAGAGGCACAUGAAGAGGAUGGUUCCUGCUCUAAACAGUUCAACAACAACCAGAACAUCACGGUGGUGGCCGCGCCCGGGCCUGUCGGACCUAAAGGGGACAUGGGACCCAGAGGCUAUGUCGGAACGCCAGGUGAGAAGGGCAUGAUGGGCGCACCAGGUAAGCUGGGUCCGGUCGGACCGGCAGGUGAGAAGGGAGACAAAGGUGAACAGGGACCGGCAGGUGAGAAGGGCACCAGCCCUCCUGCCCCACCUGUUGUGGCGUUUUCCGUGGUGCGAACCACCAGCCUUGUAAAUCCUGAGGUGAACACAGUGCUGACGUAUGGCGUCAUCCUUAGCAACGUGGGCGGGGCCUACAACCAGGAGACGGGGAAGUUUGUGGCUACAGUCGGAGGCGUCUACUUCUUCACCUUUACUGGUAUGACACAGAAUCUACCUAACACCAACUACUUCGUCCGUCUAAUGAAGAAUGGCGCAAAGAUGGUUGGUCUGCACGAGAACAACGGCGGAAGCCCCCACUACCAGUCCAGCAGUAACAGCGCCAUCCUGCAGCUUCAACCUGGGGACGAGGUUUGGGUGGAACUGGCCUCUGGGGGUCGCAGUUUGUACAGUGAUGGAAACAGGUUCCUCACGUUUAGUGGAUUCCUUAUCCACUCGUACUGACCAGAAGACCGAGGUCACCGUUUUGUGCGCCAAUGUAGAACCUAUUCUGAACCUAGGUGACCAGCGUUGCAUGGUGGUAGAAUGAUUUUAUAAAAUGUAACAGGACUUAGGUAUUAUGGCUGUGUCUAGCUAGUAUUAUGUAGUCCAAAUUGACGAGUUGUAAGUCGACGUUAACACG